CACACACACACACACACACACACACACUGCGCCUGGCACUUGAUGAAAAACAGAAAGUAAGAGCAGCAGUGACAAUAACAGCAGACCUGCAACUUGUGUUGUCCGCACUUGUCCCUCAGUCUCCGGGCUCACAGCAUUGAACCGUCGCUAUGUCUCUGACCACCGUGUCCCGGUUGUUCAGGACCGCACUCAGGACUCAGAUGGUCCCUGCGGCUAAUUGGUCCUCCAAACCCGCCAAACACCACAUCACUGCAGGGGAGCAGGCGAUCGCUCUGACAGUCAUGUUUAUAACCAUCUUGGGUCCCUCUGGCUGGAUACUGGCUCACCUGGAGGACUACAAGAAGAAGGAGUAGAAGAGGAGAAAGAGGAGGAGGGAGAACAGAGUAUCAUUCCGGCCCAGACGAAGAUGCAGAUCAGCCGGCCAGUCAGCCCACUCUCCCUCCAGGUCUCUCACUCUGCUCCGUCUUUCUUCAGCUGAUGAGACCAGAUGCUUCCAAGUUGUUGCUGCACUUCUGACCUGUGAUAAUUUACGUCUGUGCACCUAUCAACCUCUUACCAAUAAAUACAUGUUUAGUAUAUAUUAA